AUGAGGAUCCAUUGUCUUUUCUUCAUAUUGCCAGUUUUAUUCUCGUUGCCCAUGCCAGGUCUCUCUGGAAGGGUUCUGCUUCCUUUUUCUUGUCUCGGGAGCAGGGGCUUCUGUUUUCCGUUCAGAUGCCUUCAUAACUGGGAAGAGAUUGACAGGUGUUUCUUCCCCACACAAAAGUGCUGCAGAAGACAGAAGCAGAAAUAA